AUGACCAGAGCUCUGCUGUUAUUGCUGGAUAUCCUAUCGCGGUGGGAGAGGAAAGAUGCGCUCGACCACGACCAGGUACCGAAAGGCAUGAGCUUGGAGAUCAGCAUACAGUCACCAAGUGAUUCCCAACACUGGUUUCAGCACCUAUUUUCUCUGCGGGAAUGUCAUCCUUACAAUCCGUUUCCCCAGGGAAGCGGCUCAAGGAACGAUUUGGCGACUGGUUCGUUUUCCAUUAAGCAUAACACUGAUGAGACACAUUGCAUUCGUAACGGUGCGCUGAGAUACUUGGAUUGUCCUGAUGGGGCAAUACUACGGCUGUGUGGAAAGUUGUUGGACCUCAACUACAGGAUUGUUCCCCGUCAUGGAACCCGUCGCAAACGCAAGACAUUCCCGAGGAUCGAGAUUGUGACUGGCCUCGCUUUUCGGCGGCAGUGUCACCGAAAGCUAUCUUCAAAUGUUGUCAGUAAAGUCAUCACAGAAAGUUUUGUCUGUUUGGAAGAUAUGCGGAAGCUCAAAAAGCUUGUUAAGACUGGUUUCCCGAGUACGCUUAGGCGGCUCAGUAUAUUCAAAGAUUUUGACCGACGACAUGAAAGUUUCACAAGGCCAUCAAGAUUAGCCCUAGGCCGCGUUCUCAACAAAGCAAGCCGCGAACUUGAAGUUCUGGCCGAAGCGGAGGUUUUCUUUGAAAACCCCCCUAAACUUCGGUAUAGACCAAAACUGUCCCCUCAGUGGCCCAAUUUCCGUCGCCUCGCGCUGACCACAGCCGAACUUCAUCCUGAGAAACUCAAUAGCACAAUAACAGGUUCCUUAAACUACCCAUGCAAGCGCUGGAUGCCAAAGUUGAAGAUACUCGAGAUUGGAAAUAGCGGGGAGUGGACCGAAGAAAAGGGACAUGCCUGUAUUUUUCGCUACACCUUCAACGAGAGGGAUGGACCGAUAGUAACGUGGUCUAGCACUUGGCCAGCCGAAAAGGAGCUCGUGCUGAGCCCGGAUUUGAUUCAAAGGUGGCAGGUUAUAACGUCGCAUACCGGCCACCAGCUUAAAGUUAAGAGAAAGCCUUUAGUCGGUGUAGGACUGGAACGGCCCUACCAACUAUCCUGCCUCCAUGUGGCUGUGGUCCCCUGGCUUUUUCUCAGGAAGGACAUUCUAAGCGGAGUGUCCAAAUUUCAGCUCAUCAGCGAGUUACACUCACGCUUUCGGGAUAGGGAGUUGUGUUAA